AUGAACACUGCUUUUGGUUUUGGUUUCUCCGCCAUUAAUGGCCUUGCACCGUACGGUGCUUCAUACAUACUAUCUACAUUUUCCUUAAUGGCAUAUGUGUAUAAAUCUCUUGUAAAAGCUGGCGACAAAGUUUGUCCCACUUCCUUGCGACCAUUCUGGAACCAUCCAGCUGGUCCUAAGACUAUUUUCUUUUGGGCACCUACCUUUAAAUGGGGCUUGGUAAUUGCCGGUAUUGCGGAUUUGACCCGUCCAGUUGAGAAAGUUAGUGUCUCCCAAAGCACCGCACUUGCUGCAACAGGGCUUAUAUGGUCUCGUUACUCUCUAGUUAUCAAACCAAAGAACUGGAACCUUUUCAGUGUCAAUAUUUUCGUUGCGGCUACUGGUAUCUAUCAACUCUGCCGCAUUUACCUUUACCGUAAAAAGCUGGAAAAACCCUUAGCUUAG